AUCUUGAAAAUUGUGUGUGAUAACAAUUGUUGGCUGUGGAGGAAAAUGUUCCUUUGUUUCCAUAGUUUCUAUAGAUGGAAGAGUGAUGCUUGGGGUAUUUGGGAGUGAAUUAUAAUCCAAGUAAAAGGAGCUCUGACCAUGAGCAGAACAAACCUUGAUGCCGAUCUAAUUAUUAAAGAACAUGACACCAUAUUUCAGAGGCAAAAGCACAAGUUAGGAACAAAUGGUCCCUUGACUCCACAUAUGAAUAACACAGACAAGAUGCACUUGAUAAGUUUAAGUCGCAUGAGAACAAUCUCUCUCUUUUUGGCAGUCUAUUCAAAUGGACCACAUACAUGUUAAAGGCAUGUUUUGGAACAUCACCUUUAAACCACACUGAUUUCGUCCACUCCUUCUCCUCUUGUCUAUGUUUGAGAAAAUUCCAAGUUGCGGAAGAAGAGAAAACAUGUGAUUCUCUCAUUCCCCACGUCUUUUCAGGGAAUUUUCAGCUAAAAGGCCGUAGUUGCAGGAGGGAAUUCCAAUUCCAUGAAUUACUUGAUGACUUAUAGACACUCCAAAAGCUACAGUUUCAGUCAUAUAAAUUGUACAAAUGCAUUUUAUUCCUAGUAUGUAUAUAUAUAUAACCUUUGAACAUGCUCGUCAAACAACAAACAUGCAUCUCAAAUCCACUUCUCCGAGUCCAACUUUUUUGAACCUAGACUUGGGUCUUAAUUAUAGGGCUUUCAAGCAAAAACCCUAUGAAAACUAUACCGGUGCGUAGUAUGGUAUCAUUUGCUCUGGCGAUCUCGAUAUAUUUGUUCUUCAUCGCUACCCACAUUUUUUUCAUACUAAUUGGAGUUAUAUCAAGACAAUCUCAUUGCAUAAUCUUUCAUUCUUUUAAUAUGGUAUUUUGGAUUAAUAUUCUAAAAAACAAUUUGGCCUCUCAUUUACAACUUACAAGGUUGACCGAUUAUUUAUUAUGGGAUAUAUAGACAUUUAUUUGAGGUUAUAGUUGCAACUAGCCAACAUACGCAUCUCCCACGUUCUCCUAUAAAUACUUGUAAAUCACUAACCUAAUCAAAUCAUUCAAACUUCAAACCUAUAAUAUAUCCUCCUGUAUCCUGAUCCAAUUUCUGUAUAUCAUCGAUGGCAUUAUCCAAAGAUAUGAUGUUGAAAUCCUCAGAACUCCUGAGUGCUUACAAAUCCGCUUGUGAACACCAGCCAGACCUAAAAUCCUUUGAUUCUUCGCUUCAGCAGCAAACCACCAAAGUGAUAGACUCGCUCACCGCUGGAGCCGAGACUGGGUUGUCGCCCCAACAGGCAGUACACAUAGAGGUCUCCCAGCACCUACUUGAAGUUACCAAAGGUGUGGCAAACUUCACUACUAAAGUGGAAGACGAUGUGUGGGAGAACAAAGCUCUAAAGUCUUUGGUCGAGGCCUAUUUCGAAAGUACCAAGAAGACUUUAAAGAUUUUCAAUACUAUAGAGAAUUGCGUCGAGAAAGCAGAAAUGGGCCAACUUCUCAUUCGAGAGGCGUUGCACGAGUUUGAGAAAGAGUUAGCAGAAAAGGAUGUCGGUGGAAAAAAGAAGAAGUAUGAAAAAACAAUGAAGGAUCUGAAGAAGUUUAAAGACAUAUUUGAUGGCCAACUGCUCACGACUCAGUUCAAGUUGAUCAAAGAGCAGCAGGAAUCCCUUUUUGAGGAAGUGUGUGAGGCUAAAAAAAGGGUUCAUGGGGAAAUUACUAAAAAGGAGAAAGAGAGUUUUAUAACGAAUCUUCUUUUCGGCGCUGCGUUUGCCGUUGUUGCGGUCACAUCGAUAGCUCUAAUUGCGACAGGGGCGGGUGCGGUUGUGGCCUUUGGGUCUCUAUCGACAACACUGCUUGCGGUCGGAUGGGCUGGCGUCUACACUGCCUUGGAUAAUAAGAAGGAUGCUCUGAAGACACAGUUGGAAGGUCUGAAGAAAGUGGAAGGUAUAGAAUCAUCGGUGGAGAAGGGUAUCAAAACCAACGAAGAAGCAGCGGAGACCGUAUCUAUUUUGGUUGAAGGGCUAGAAGGCCGUAUCCACAAUAUGAUGAAACUUGUAGAUAAUGCUAUUGAGAAUGAAGAAGAUGAGGCCGACACGAGAAUUGUCCUAAAACUAAUCAGUGAGAGAGUAGAGAAAUUAACCGAGAAAAUCAAGGAGGUUGGUGAAAGUGUGGAAAAUCAUAGCAAAUUGAUUGCAAAGGCGAGACUUCAAGUUCUGCAGAAGAUCAACCGUUCUGCAUAACAUUAAUUGAUGGAGUUGUAGGUGAGGAGGAACCGGUACGCAGAACGUCAAACCGGAUGCGUGUACCAAACCGGAAGUAUUUGAAUUGAGUUGGUUUGUUUUAUGUUUGAAUAAGUCUUUGCUUUUGUUGAGUCAAUAACGAGAGUCGUGGUUUCCUUAUGUUGAGGAACCAACUCUCCCAUUUUCUAUUCCCAGUUUGUAGGAGUGAUAACUCCAUCUCUUUGUUAUUUAAGAAAUGAAAAAGCCAAAAAGAGGCAAUGUUAAUUGCCCAAAGAAAAGUGUUAUUCUCUGUUACAAUUUGGAUUGGAGUUUUAUAAUCUGAGACCUAUCAUUAAUCCGUUACUUUAAUGAUGUUUGUUGUUUAAAACCCAUAUUUUAUGUGUUUUUAUAUCAUCCCAUUGUACCUUUUUUUUUUUUCUUUUUUUUUUAAAUUUUUUUUUAUGUUAUGUAAAAGGUACCAUCCGAGCGGAUUGGUUGAUAUGUACCUCUAUCCCGUAUUUCGUGAAAUAAAGUUUGGAAAAACUUGUUUUA